AUGGCUGUGAACAUCUUCCUCUUCGUGCCCAAUCUCAUUGGGUUUGCUCGCGUGGUGCUGGGCAUUGCCUCGCUCUUCUACAUGAACGACCAGCCGUAUGUGGCCAUGACUCUGUACUGGCUAAGCGCUUUCUUGGACGUUUUUGAUGGCAUGGCUGCCCGGCAUUUCAACCAAAGCACGUCUUUCGGCGCCGUGUUGGACAUGGUGUCAGACCGCUGCACCACUCUAUGCUUGAUCAUGAACUGCGCCAUGUUUUACCCCGGCUAUCUCUUGGCCUUUCAACUUUUGGUUGUGUUGGAUAUCAGCAGCCACUGGCUGCAAAUGUAUAGCUCAAUGAUGAAGGGUAAAACCAGUCAUAAGCAGAUCGACCUUUCUGAAAACGCCUUCCUGCGCUACUACUACAUGAAGCCAAUUCUUUUUGCCCUCUGCUCGGCCAAUGAGCUCUUCUUCAUGGCUCUCUACUUUGUGCACUUUGACAUCUUGGGCACUGUUGAAGUCGCUGGCUUGACUCUGCAUCUGUGGCCAAUUAUCGGCUACAUUUCGGCCCCGCUCUUCGCCAUCAAGCAUCUCGUUGGCCUGAUUCAGCUGGUGACGGCGUCGCAAAACAUUGGCAUCAUUGAUGCGGCCCAGCAUGAGAAGAAGAAUUGA